GUCCCCGCUACACUGCGCCUGAGUUCUUUUUUGUAGCUCGCCAGAUCUUUCAAACAGCUUGAGUAUCCACAGUACAAAGCCCAGCUUUCCUAUUCACUACUCACUCACCAUGCCUGUCGUCUCGCGCCUCGUUUCCAUUCCGCUUCGCAUCGCGGAGAUUGCCUUUGCGGCUGUCGUCGCAGGUAUUGUCGGACACAUCCUCGCCUCGUUUGACAAGAUCGAUGGCUGGUCCGAUGGCCGCUGGAUUUACACCGAAGUGAUUGCCGGACUCUCUAUUCUCCUCGGCUUAAUCUGGUUGAUACCCUUCUCCUCGGGCUUCUUCAAUUGGCCUCUUGAUAUUCUGAUUUCCUUUGCCUGGUUCGCUGCUUUCGGUAUCCUGGUCGACUACCUUCACGACUUGCCAUGCGGGAGCAUUUGGUCCUGGCGCUUCGGAGGUGAUGGCUUUUGUGGGCGCUGGAAGGCUGCCGAGGCGUUUAGCUUCCUGUCUGCUAUUGUCUGGCUUGCGUCUGCUAUUGUGGGUCUCUGGUUCACCUACCGUGUGCGGGAUCACGGUGUUGGAACCACUCGCCGCAGCCGCUGGGGUCGUCGUGGAGCUCCUGCCGUCUAAGUUGAACUUAGCACACAGAACGGUGAUCGGAGCGAGACACGUAAUGUCUGAUUCCAGUUCCUUUUGAGUGAAGAGGACUAUGACUCGCUAUCGGUUUCCAAGAACUGCCUUACACCAUACCCCUGCGGAUCCUCGAAUAAAUGCGGAUCGUUUAAUGAUUUCUUUCUUUGCAAUCUCGUCGCAAUCUCCUCAUGAUCAUGAGGCCGAUGAUUUACGACUUACGUUGAUACCCUUGGUGGAUACAUCUAUUGGAGCGUUUGGUGUUUAGUGAUCGUCACUCUUUUGAAUUGAGUAUUAAUGCAAUGACAUCUGUGGUACUUUCGGUCC